AAAAGUCAAGAGCCCAAAACUCCUGACGUCACGGAUCUGGCCUUCAAAAAUAUUGACUUUGCCAUGAACCUCUAUCGCAAGAUAUCAAGUUAUCAUGACAAAAACAUCUUCUUCUCGCCGCUGAGUGUUUCCACGUCUUUCGCCACGCUCUUACUGGCCUCCAAGGGCUCGACACGCAGUCAGAUGGAGAAGGGGCUGAAUCUGGACUCUCUGGACGGGACUGGAGACGCGACGCUCAUCCCACAGCUCUUUGAGCAGCUGCAGAAGAACAUCUCGCAGGACGGAAAACUGCACAUAGAGCAGGGCACGGCAC